AUGAAAUCUGUUAUAAAGAUCUUUUUGUGUCUUUUAGUGGUGUUUGUUAUCUUCGGAAAUAAUUAUGUUACCGGUGAAGCAAAAAAGCGCUCAGUCGAUAAACGUGCACCCGAACCUAAAGCGAAAGCUAUCGUAGAACGUGCACCCGAGCCUAAAGCGAAAGCUGUCGUAAAACGCGCACCCGAACCUAAAGCGAAAACUAUCGUAAAACGUGCACCCGAGCCUAAAGAAGCGAAAGCUAUCGUAAAAC